AUGGCUUCCUUUCGCCUGACGAUCGAAGAUGGCCAGUUCCGCGAUGCCCAAGGCCGCCAGAUUGUCCUCCGCGGCAUCAACGUUGCUGGAGACACCAAACUGCCGAGCGAGCCCAACACGCCGUCUCAUGUCGGCGACGACUUCUUCGACGGCGACAAUGUGACCUUCCACCAGCGGCCGUUUACCAAACAAGAUGCCCCGAUGCACUUUGCGAGGAUCCGGCGGUUCGGAUUCAACACGAUCCGAUAUCUCUUCACCUGGGAGGCCCUUGAGGCCGCCGGGCCCGGCAUCUACGACGAAGAAUACAUCCAGCACACCAUUGAGGUCUUGAGAAUUGCCAAAUCCUAUGGCUUCUACGUCUUCAUGGACCCCCACCAGGACGUCUGGUCCAGGUUCACCGGCGGCUCUGGAGCCCCCAUGUGGACCAUCUAUGCCUGUGGCCUGAACCCGCAGAGCUUUGCUGCUACCGAGGCGGCCAUCGUUCAUAAUACCUACCCCGAGCCAGAUAGUUUCCCCAAGAUGAUCUGGUCCACAAACUACUACCGACUUGCUGCUGGCACCAUCUUCACCUUUUUCUUUGCUGGCAGGGAUUUCGCCCCCAAGUGCAUCAUCGACGGCGUCAACAUUCAGGAUUAUCUACAGGAUCACUUCAUCAACGCAUGUGCCCAUCUUGCGAAGCGCAUCCAUGAGGCCGGGGAUCUCGAAAACGAAGUCGUCAUAGGUUGGGAGAGCAUGAACGAGCCGAACCGAGGCAUGACCGGAUACGUUGAUUUGAGCGUCAUUCCCAAAGAGCACCCUCUCAAGAAGGGAACGUGCCCGACAAUGUGGCAGACUUUCCUAACGGGCAUGGGCAGGGCGUGCGAAGUUGAUACCUGGGACAUGGGGGGACUUGGUCCAUACAAGACGGGCACCAAGCUUGUGGAUCCGCAUGGCGAAUUUGCCUGGCUGCCAGAAGGAUACGACGACUCGAGGUAUGGAUGGAAGCGUGAUGCUGGGUGGAAGCUUGGCGAAUGCAUCUGGGCCCAACACGGCGUGUGGGAUAUCGCGACAGAUACCCUCCUGAAGAAGGACUAUUUUUCCAAGAACCCAAAUACUGGGAAAACGAUUGAUUACCCAGAAUUCACAAACACCUAUUUCCUCGACUUUUGGAGGAAGUACAGCGGAGCUUGUCGCGCCCACCACAAGGACUGCAUCAUGUUCAUGCAGUAUCCGACUUUGGAGCUUCCUCCCGAGAUCAAAGGCACAGAGGACGAUGAUCCAAAGAUGGCCUUCACCCCUCAUUUCUAUGACGGCAUCACCCUCAUGACAAAGCAUUGGAACAGUAGUUGGAAUGUCGACGUCGUUGGCGUGCUCCGGGGCAAGUAUUGGCACCCUGCGUUUGCUAUUAGAAUUGGCGAGACGGCCAUUCGGAACUGUUUAAGAGAUCAGCUUGCAACUCUUAGACAGGAAGGCCUCGAUCGGACAGGCAAUCAUCCUUGCCUGAUGACAGAAUUUGGCAUUCCCUAUGAUAUGGAUGAUAAAAAGGCAUACAAGACAGGAGACUACUCGAGCCAGUCGGCGGCACUGGAUGCAAACUAUUUUGCGGCCGAAGGAUCGGGAAUGGAAGGGUAUUGUCUGUGGGUGUACUCUACAACAAACGAUCACGAGAGGGGAGAUCAAUGGAACGGAGAGGAUUUGUCCAUCAUUUCUGUGGACGACAAGCUCCCCGAGACAUCAUCCAUACUGAGCGAGCAUGCGUUUGAUCAAUCAACUACGAGCUUGGUCAAACCUGGCGCCACCAUCGUUACUGCGGAAACUCUGGAUGAUGCUGGAGUGAAUCCUGGAAAUCUUCAACGCACACUUACGAACCCGUCAAUCAGCUCUGCCCCCUCCGAUAAAGACCCUGAGCUGGCAAACACUCCGGGCUACCGUGCCGCAGAAGCUUUCAUCCGCCCAACGCCAACCGUUGUGGCAGGGAAAUUGCUCUCUUCUGGCUUUGACCUACGUAAAUGCACCUUUAGCAUCAAAGUUUCAGCUCCCCAGGCUGCAGCCGAUGAUACCCCUACUAUUAUAUUCCUUCCCGAGUACCAUUUCCCCAAGCAAGAGUGCGAAACCACUGUCUCGGCCGGCAGAUGGGAGAUUGGCCUUGACAACAGCCAGGGCACACUGCUUCAGGUCCUCCGAUGGUGGCAUCCCGAAGGAGAACAGACCCUGACAGUCAAGGGACCGAUACGCAAGUACAAUCUCGCCGAAGGGACUUCUGACGACGCAAGCUACUUGGAGCAAUGCCAAGCCGGAACUGGGGGAAACUGCUGCAUUAUGUAA